CAAAUGCAAGCGAUCUGGAUAAUCUGCAACGCUGGCACUGGCAGCAAGAAAAGAACCAGAACGUUGAGGGACAGCAGCCGGACUGGCCUUUGCAUUUGCAUGGCCCUUCACUGUAAGUGCCAGCCAUGUCUAUCCUCCCAUUGAUAUCGUUGCAGUCAAUGCGGAGAGCUAGAACAACUCUCGAGGAUUUUGUGAGCUCCUACUUCAUGUUCCACGGACUGGACGCCUCACAGCCUGCGCAUGUAUUCAAGCACCUGCCACUGCUGAUGUUUGUUGAAGCUUUCAUCUACCAACUGGAUCAAGAGAAUGAAGACCGUCUAGCUGCACCUGAGCUGGGCAAUGGGACUGACACUCGGCAAUGCUGCCGAGAGGAGGCACAGUCUGCAGCUGGAAAAGACUGUCAAGCAGCUUCAAAGUCACGAGCAGAAAGUAAAACUGUUGCUCAGAUUGAGCAGCAAGGCGAUGUUGUAGCAGGGAGUGAGCAUCAUCUUCAAGUAGAAGGGUUGAAUCCAGCCAAGAGACGCAGGAUCGACUGCAAUCCUCCUGCAACAGAAAGGUGCGCCAGGAGUGAAAGCUUUGAAAAUCCAGCAGAAACGUCCUUGUCAGAGCACUGUCUAGAACUCAAUGAGCAUGUUGACAUCACUUGCAGAGAGUCCGAACUCAAACAAGGGACCAGUGCAGCGAACGCUUUGGACACUAUUGAUGAAGUGGAUGAUUUACCUUGUACACCGUUCGCUGGCCUAGCAGACCUUUUGGAGAAAGAAAAACUGCUGACUGUCAGAAUGGAAGGGGAACUGAGAGAUGGGCUUGAGUUCUGGGGGCUCGAACGCAAGCUGUGUCUGGCCGUGGGCUGCGGGGAGACGUUGGAGAGGCGCGAGGUUGAGAGGGCUGUAGCUUUGAAGUCCUUUGAUUACAGAGUGCUCAAUCUGUUGCUCUAUGAAAUGGAAGGACAGGCGGUGAAUGAACAACAUUUCGAGUUUCUGAAAGCAUCCGAACUGCUGGUCGAGAUCUCAGACGAUCUGUUUGACUACGAGGAUGACGUCCUAAGUAACACGUUCAACGUGUAUCGAAUGUUUCUGGCUAUGUACGGCCCAACUCAGGGGCAACUCGAGCUGGCGCACUGGAUCUCCGACAUCGAGCGGCGGUACGAGCAGCUGCUGAGCGGACUGGAGGCGUCUCUUUCGAAAAACUAUCGGGAACGGUGCAAGAACGCAGCAAAGGAAGGUGGCAGCACGGCUGAUUCGAACAGUCCGAUGGGCAGCUGGACCCUGCCCCCUCCUAUCUCCAACGAAGGAGCUUACCGGGAAGAGAUGAGAGAGGGGUGAGCCUGCUGGUGCGGGGUGAAAACAAUCAGUGCCCAGUCUCGCGGAUUCUAACUAUACAUGAACAUUGCCUAUAUGUUCGUCCAUUAUAACGCCCGUAAAAUACACAUGAUGAGGAACUAGACUCAGCCAAAGCAUGUCUAAUGUACACGGCCGGUAGCCUCCUUGACAAUUUGAUCAACUCGCUAACACUACAACAUUCGGCGGAAUUCAGGAACUAGACAUCAAAAACGCAC